AGUAGUAGUGGAAAUGGGAGACAGGCUAAAGGAGAAGCUUUUGCAUCAGCAAAACAAUUCAGAUGAAAGUGUUGAAGAGGAAGAGUCACUGAGGGAAAGGGUAUGGAAAGAGAGCAAGAAGAUGUGGGUGGUAGCAGGCCCUGCUAUAUUGACAAGGUUUUCAACUUUUGGAAUCACAGUAAUUAGUCAAAUCUUCAUUGGGCAUAUUGGAUCCACUGAACUAGCUGCUUAUGCUCUUGUGAUGACUGUCCUAGUAAGGUUUGCAAAUGGUGUACUACUGGGUAUGGCUAGUGCAUUGGAAACUCUAUGUGGACAAGCAUAUGGGGCAAAAAAAUAUGACAUGCUUGGAGUGUAUCUUCAAAGAUCAUGGAUAGUCUUGUUCUUCACCUCAAUUUUUCUUCUACCUAUUUACAUCUUUACCACCCCAAUUUUAGAGGCUCUAGGCCAAGAUAAAAGUAUUGCUCAAGUUGCAGGAAGCAUUUCUCUCUGGUCCAUAGGUGUGGUCUUUGCUUUCUCUGUGUCUUUCACUUGCCAAAUGUUCCUACAAGCACAGAGCAAGAACAAGAUUAUUGCCUACCUAGCAGCAGUUUCAAUUUCAAUUCACCUUUUUCUGUCAUGGCUUUUAACUGUCAAGUACAAGUUUGGGCUCAAUGGGGCAAUGACAUCAACAAUUUUUGCAUACUGGAUACCAAAUUUGGGCCAGCUUAUGUUUAUCAUAAAGAAAUGCCCAGAUACAUGGUUGGGUUUCUCAUUUUUGGCCUUCAAAGAUCUCUGGCCUGUUAUCAAGCUUUCCCUGUCUUCUGGGGCUAUGUUAUGUCUUGAGAUCUGGUACAAUACAGUUUUGAUUCUUCUAACGGGGAACAUGAAAAAUGCUGAGGUUUCUAUUGAUGCUCUGGCCAUAUGCCUCAACAUCAAUGGCUGGGAAAUGAUGAUAGCCCUUGGUUUCUUUGCUGCAGCUGGUGUCCGGGUGGCAAAUGAGCUUGGAAGAGGGAGUUCAAAGGCUGCAAUGUUUUCCAUUCUGAUAACAGUUCUCACAUCAUUUUCCAUUGGGUUCGUGCUAUUCUUGGUGUUCCUAUUCCUGAGGGGAAAACUUGCUUACGUUUUCACUCCAAACCCAGAGGUGGCUGAAGCAGUUGGGGAUUUAUCACCUUUGCUGUCAGUCUCCAUGUUGUUGAACAGUGUCCAACCAGUGCUUUCUGGAGUUUCUGUUGGAGCUGGGUGGCAAAGCGUAGUAGCAUAUGUAAACAUAGGCUGUUAUUACCUGAUUGGUAUUCCUGUGGGAGUGGUUCUUGGUAACCUUCUCCAUUUGCAAGUCAAGGGUGUUUGGAUUGGAAUGUUGUUUGGAACAUUUGUUCAAACCGUGAUGCUUAUCACAAUCACACUUAAAACUGAUUGGGACAAGCAGGUAGAGAUAGCUCGAAAUCGCAUUAACAAAUGGGCUGUGGUGGAGAACGAAGAGUCAAACAACAGAUCAAAUAUAUCUAGCUAAAUAGUGUUUAUCUAGCAUUUGACAUUUCAGUUCUCCUCUCUCUUGAUC